AUGGUUCGUCUUACACCUGAAAUAAUUGAAGUUGCUCCACAAUAUCUUAAUCCUGUAGGUCAAUAUGAACUUUGUUUACGAGAUUUAAAAAUUUCUGUUAUUGAAAAUUUGGGUGCAACAUUAAAUCAAUUUGAUACAAUUGAUUUUACAAAUAAUGAUCUACGUAGACUUGAUGGAUUUCCAUUUUUACCAAAAUUAAAAACAAUUUAUCUUGCUAAUAAUCAUAUAACACGUAUUGCCGAAGAUCUUCAACAAUACAUUUCAAAUUUAGAUACACUUAUGCUUAAUAAUAACUUGUUACAAGAAUUAACAGAUAUUGAUUCAUUAACUACAUUACCAAAAUUAACUCAUGUUAGUUUUGCUAGAAAUCCAAUUGCAAUGAAAAAAGAUUAUCGGCUUUAUGUUAUUCAUAGAUUACCAAAUUUACGUACAUUAGAUUUUAAUCGAAUUACUCAAAAAGAACGUGAAGCAGCUCGUAAACUUUAUAAAUCAAAAUCAAGUGAAAAAACAAAUAAACAACAAAAAGGAGCUAAUACAUUUGUACCUGGUGGAGAAUUAGCUAAACAACAACAACAACAACAGCAAAAAACACCACGAUUGAGCAAGAAAGAUGCAGAUGCUAUUAAGAAAGCUAUCUCAGAAGCUAAAUCUCUCGAAGAAGUUGAAAGAUUAAAAGCAAUGUUACAAGCUGGUCAAAUGCCUAAUUUAAUAAAUCAACAUAAUGAUAAUUCAAUGGAACAAGGAAAUAUAUAUGAACACAAUGUUACCGGAAGUAAUAUGAUGGAAAUAUGA